AUGAACCCCGUUAAAAAGAAAAGACUGGGGGUGUCACAACCCUUUAGUAACAAGGAAAAUUUUUUCACCCGCAGCCGCCUGAUUGCGAGCUUUCUAGACCCUAACAAGAGAAGGCCGAAGCCAAAGCCCGAACCCACAUGGGUACAGAAAACCAAGAAGGCCAGCAAAGUACCCGAGUCGCAGUUGACCCUCGACAGCACCUACGGCUUCGUGGUGCUCCAGGGCGACCACCACACCAUCGCUCGCGGCACAAUACAGAACUACGAGAUCGUUUUCGACAAGUACGUCGCAAUCGCCAACAAGCACGGCCACGGAGGCCAGUCCCAGAACCGGUUCAUGCGCCUGGCCGAGCAGAGCAGAGUGCUGCACCUUAAGAUCAUCCUCGAGCGCUUGGCUGAGAUCUUCCUCGACGAGGAGAACAAGUGCCUGGUGGAGAAGGUGAUCGUCGCCGGCCCGGGGCCCAUGAAGCUGCAGCUGCUGGAGCACUUGCCCAAGAGGUGGGUGGAGAUCAUAGACCCGAACCCCAUCACCAUCGACCACGUCGGCCUGGUGGGAAUGCAACAACUGGCGGAGAUUCUGACGUAG